AUGCCAAACAGAGAAGUGAGUGACUGGAGAGGAUUUACCAGGAAAUAAAGAAAACGUAGAGAAAAAUCUCAGUUAUCAUCUUUUUAUGCAGAUGUCCGAGGGAUCACCGACUCUCAUUGCCGUGGUGUUUGUUGACUACACAGAUAUGGCUUGCCUUUGAUACCUUGAUGUGACACUUUUACAUUAGGGAUAUGAGAGUAAAGACCAAACAAAAAUCGAGACAGGAGAAAGCUUUUCAAAAGUUUGAGUGGCAAUACAUGUUUAUUUGAGUGUAUGAGUACGUGUGUGCGUGUGCGCGCGCGUGUGUGUGUGUAAGAGAGAGAGAUUACAAAUGCCAAUCAGAGAAGCGAGUGACUGAAGAGGAUCCGUCACACCUCUGGUUCCCCUUCUAUAUUCCAUAUGAGUGAGACUUACCUUGUGGAGAGCUGUGUAUGACUUGUGUCCUGCCCUUGUCUCUAUUCACUUGUUGGAACCCGACUCUGUAGGCAGUUGUGUCAGAGACAAGACAAUGACUAGAAACCUCCUGUCAACUCUACCUGUACUCGCUCUCUGUCUGUGGCUGUGCACCGCGGCACCGUCGAGGCUGGUCAAAAGGUCAGACGAUCUUGACCCUCUGGAGGCUGUAGUCAGUCAGCUUUCGCAGAAAGUUGCAGGCCUCGAGGCACUUCAAUCAUCCAAAGCCGACAAUGCCGCUCUCCUCGCCCUUCAGGCCCAAGUCCAGGCUCUACAAACAGUGACUGCAGAACACAAGGUGGCGUUUCUUGCAAGGGUGGAUGUGGAUCUGGUGGCCAAUGCACCGAUUCCCUUUCACGCAGUCGACUUCAACGUGGGCAACGCCUACGACCACUUGUCGGGCAUCUUCACCGCACCUCACUCGGGGGUCUACCUCCUGAGCACGCAGAUGUUCCCGCAGUUUACAGGCGACGUGCUCGUCGACAUCUACAAGAACGGAGGAAUCCUUGCACGCAUGCGUGUGUAUGACAGCGCGCUUCCGACCUCCGAGUCCACCUCCAUCAUAGACCAUGCCAAUGCUGGAGACAAGUACUGGGUGCAGGUCACCGUAGGGGGUCACGUCUAUGCCGGCGUCCACAGCUAUUUCAGUGGGGUCAUCGUUUUUCCUGACAAUUAGCUCAACUGCAGAAUUCUUUGUUCCAAAUUCUUUGUUCUUAGAAAAAUUUGGAUGUCUUUGGUUAGCAAAGUGAUGACACAACACUUCAUUCCUUAACAGAUAUGAGGUUUAAUUUCAGAAAUAAUAACAGUUUUUAAUCGCAACACUGCAAUCAGUCAGCUCAAUCUCUUACCACACACGCACCGUGUACUACCAUCAGGGUCUUCUUUGGUGUGUGGUCCUUUCAUUUAAAUGAGAACUUUGCUUGCUACCCGUAUGACCAAGAUGAUUUGGAAUUAUUCCACAGACUGUCCUAUACAAAGUUAUCUCAAUAAACCUGACGCUCCCAAGUGCUCUGAUUGAUGGUAACAACAUUACCAUAGAUGUACCAAUAAUUAAAUUAAGUAUACACAUGUCAUCGUGAAAUAAAUUUGAUGGAGAUAUGUGACUACGCAAUCGAGCCAGAAACUACCAUUUAAAGACAAAAAAAUAUUUACAGCAUAUCAUGUUAUUAUUCUCAGUAUAUUGCAUUAAUCAGAAACAACAUGAGUUUGU